CUUCAUCGUCGCGACCUAAUUUACCACCCGCGUUUCCCUUCUCCCCUUACUUCUCAUAUGUGCUCUCUAUCUCCAUGACCUAUGUCGACCACCGCCGGCACCAUCGCGUCUCUCUCGUCUCCCGCGGAUGCUCCUCCCCGGGACGAUCUGCUCUGCCUCUUUCCCUCGCCGAGGCCUGCCGAUUCGUGGUGAGAAAGCGCAUCGAUGCCCCGAGCUUUUUGGCCUCCAAGCGCGGAACCCCGGUCCCCCAAUGUCUCGGCCUUCUCCUCCACCAUCAGGCUCGCUCUUCACAUUCUCACAUAAUAUUACCACACCUCCCGCGCAAGCCGUGUAGAUCCGUCAGCCCAAUCCGUCAGCCCAGAGACAUGAAUCCGCAGUUCUCACCAUGCAGUCCCCUCACCACCCUCUGCCGCCACAGUCGCAGACCGGCCACCACGGAGCUCCAGUUCCAGUCCCAACCUCCGCUCCGGGGGCGCCCCCCGUGCCGUCGCUUCCGCCUCCGCCUCCGCAACCAGUGUUGACGCCGCAACCGGAGUUCUCCGUCCGGCCCACGCUGCCGGACCGCCAUGUCACCACUGACACCAUCGAGGAUGCCUACGUCCGCUUCAUCUUCUACUGCAACCCUGCCCUUACCCUAACCUCAAGGACAGCCGGCCUGCGAGAGGCCUUUCGUAGCCCACCUCGCAGUGGCGGCAAGAGCUUCAACACCUUUACCGUCUUUGAGCUUGUUUGCAAGUUCUACAACAAAGAGAUCCGGACCUGGACCGAGCUGACAACCAGGCUGGGCGUCGAGCCUCCGGAUCCAAGCAAAGAUGAGAGCGCCCAGAAGAUUGCCCAGUACGGGGUGCGUUUGAAGAAAUGGAUGAACUCCAUGCAUGUCAAGGCCUUCUUCGAGUACCUCAUGAACAUACCCAAUGACUAUUGGACCAAGAUCCCCACGGAUCCCAACCCUGUUGGUCAGCUUAUUCGCGAUGGCGUUGCUGUCGAAGACGACAUGGCCUUGAGGGCGCUUCUUCCACACAUCCGCCCGAAGCGAGGCCGGAAACGACCAACAGAUGAUGAAUCGACCAACUCUCCCGCUCAGCGGACUCAUCUAUCACCCUCAGCCGCCGUUGAUGACCACAGACAAAGCGGAGCCGGGGCUCUCCAAGUGCCAAUUGACCCCAGAGCCAAUGCACCCUGGACUCCGAGCGACACCGUCCAACAAAUGCCACUCACUCGAUGGCCACAGUCGGCAAUCACACCAACCACUAGAAACUCAUUCUGGGAUGAUGCUCUAGAGCCACGAUCAGCCGUAACACCCUCAAAACCACGGCUUGCGUCUCAACGCCGGGGUCCCAAGAAUGUGUCCUCGGCGUGGCGGCCGGGGGUGCCCGAUGGCGGAGUCAAGAUGCGGGGCCGGCCUCCGAUGAAUCGAAGCCCGGGGGAUGCUCCGUUCUCCCCGUUUCCCUCUGGAACCCCGACCGUGGGUCCCGGUGAAGAAAACGCCCCGAUCUUCCCCCCAAUCGCUGCCUCCAAUUUGAAAACUAGCACCAACGGGGGCGAACUUCCCCCAGUGCAGCGACACAUGCCAACACCAUCCUCUACUCCGCAGCCUCACUCGACGUCGUAUGAAGGUCCCAGGCCAGCUCGGCCCAGCAUAUCCCUCCAGGUCCCGGAACGGCCACCUGGCAGUGUGCGUCUCGCAACUCCCCCACCAGUCGUGGUGGUCAACGGGGCCGAUAAUAUUAGUCGACCUACUGCAAUGCACUCACAGCCAUACCAAGUCAACGGAAGGGCAAAUUUUGCCGAGGUAGCCUCCGAAGCCAUAGUACCGGGUCAUCAAGAUACAUCUCGUGGGCCAAUGGACAUCCCGGGGUUCUACUUCGAAAGGGUCGAAGAUCGCACGAAUAUCGAUGACGUCUUGGGAUAUCUAACCCGGACAACGCUUGAGGCAGACUGGCGGGAUGCCAAUGGGAAGCCCGCAGAUCCGCCGUCAAUGGAGGAGGCCAUGGCUGUUGUCAACACUACCAUCGAGAACAUAUAUAAAACAGCGGCUUCCCCACAGGCUUUCCUCAUCAACCUAGCAGCCAUCUCGGGCGGCGGGAUGCUCUUGUCAUCCACUACCCGCAUCUGCCGCUUAGGAAAUGAGGGGGGGUCUGCUGGAUAUCGGUGUGACUGGGAGUACGGGUUUGGCAGCAUCAGGGGACAGUACACCAUGGAGCAGCAAGUCCCGUUGACAAUGCUGCCGACUGUGUCCCGCGAAGACUGUGAAGAGGCUCCAAAGACGGCUGACGGCGAGCAGGACAGGCUAUCAAGCAGGGAGUGGCAGGCGAAAUACCAUCAUCUGUUGGAGGAUAUUCAGAAAAAGGAUCGGGAGUUAUUAGAGCUGCGGACACGAGUGAUGAAUUCUCUCAAGGGGGAGACUUCCAAGGAAUGAUACCAAUGCCGGUUUACACUUUUGCGUUUGUUUUAUUUCCAAGCGUGUUGCUUCUUGAUAUACCAUACCGGGGUCGGAUUCGGCGUGUGUCUAUCCCAUCGCAGGCUAGACGGGACAUGUAGACAUGUAUGAAUACGAAAGGACAAGAUAAGAAAGCAGAUAUCUCACUCAACCUUACAUAGCAUUGCAUGAGCGAGUGGAGAUGCAACUCGACCAGCUAAUGGUGGAUGCAAGCUGGAGCCUACUGCAGGUCAGGGGCAUCGGCAGACUGAAC